GAAUGUGUUCAAAGCUGGAUGAAUUGUUGGCUGACGGGACGUCGUCAAAUGUCGUCAAAUGUUGUCAAAUGUGUCCUUUGCUGUCGUGUCCACAGGGUAAAACACAACAUGCCGUCAACGUGAGCCCAGUUCUGCAGAUGGCCGAAGCCUCUCGAGUGACAUCUCUUUCAGCCAAUUGUUGAGGCGGACGAAAGACGACCAGCCAAUCACAGUUGAUCAAAAAAGCCUCGCCAAUCACAUGCUGCCAAAUCUGAGCGAGGCGGUCGUACGCAUGCGCAGUGCGUCAUUUGCUCAACAGCCGACCAAGGUCUUCACAAUUAGCCGUUAGCUGGCGGAGGAAACAAUUUCUCAGGAGGUGUAAGCAGCAUGACGACGAUGCACCUAGUCCCACUGCUGUUGUUGGUGACGGUGUCAGCCGUGGAGGUGCAGCGACCUCGGGGAGUGCCGCUGACAAAAAAGCAUUUCUAUGCGGAGGGCACACCUUUCACCUGCCUGGAUGGCUCUCGGACCAUUCCCUUUGACAAGGUGAAUGACGACUACUGUGACUGCCAGGAUGCUUCUGAUGAGCCAGGCACGCCAGCUUGCCCAAACGGCCGCUUCCAUUGCAACAACGCAGGUUAUCGCUCCUUCUUCAUACCAUCGUCCCGCAUCAACGAUGGGAUAUGCGAUUGUUGUGACGCAACAGACGAGUACAACAGCGGGGCUACCUGCCAAAACACCUGCAAGGAAUUAGGGCGCCAAGAGAGAGAGAGUCUUUAUCAGUUGGCUGAGAUCACCAGGGAGGGCUUUAUGAUUAAACAACAACUCAUCAAGGAGGCCAAGAAGGGUCUGGAGGCCAAGAAGUCCAAAGUAUCAGAACUUGGAGCCGAUAAGAAACUACUGGAGGAGAAGGUAGAAGCUCUGAGAACUGUGAAGGAAACGGCAGAGGAGCCAGAGAAGGUAGCUAAAGAGCGCCAUCUGAAAGCAUGGGAAGAUCAAAAGGCCGCAGUGCGCACAGAGAAGGACAACGCUCGAAUGGCUGAAGUGUUUCUUGAGCUGGACGAUGACGGCGAUGGCUUCGUUUCCGUGACUGAGCUUCAAUCCCACACUGAGCUCGACACAGAUUCGGACGGCUCUUUCACCGAAACGGAGGCUCAGGCCAUUUUGGGCGGUUUGGACGAGGCAGACCCGGCGGCGUUUCAGGCAGCCUGGAAGGACAUCAAAGACAAAUUCAUAUCUGAGGCCCAAGCACCGCUGGAGACGCCGCACAGCGAGGCAAGGGAGCCUGUCUCCGACAAUGACUCUGAACAUUACUCUGAGGUUGAAAUCCCAGAGGAAGAGGAGGAGGAUGAUGAUCUAGAGGAGGAGGAGGAAGAUGAUGAUCAUGAUGAAGCAGACUUUAAUACACCUCCUGCCGUGCAAGAAAAGGUUGACGAAGACGAGGGCACGAUGCCGCCCUACGACGAGGAAACGCAGACCCUCAUUGAUGCUGCUCAGAAAGCGAGGGAGGAGUUUGACACGGCUGAGCGAGCUCUCCGGGAAUUAGAUGAUCAAAUGAAGAACCUUGAGAAGGAAACUUCCUCUGACUUUGGACCCAAUGCUGAGUUUGCCUACCUCUACAACCAAUGCUAUGAGUUACCUACUAGCGAGUACGUCUACAGGCUUUGCCCUUUCAGUCGAGUGUCCCAGAAACCCAAGUAUGGUGGAUCAGAGACCAGUCUGGGGACCUGGGGCCAGUGGGAUGGUCCUGAGGGUAACAUCUACAGCGUGAUGAAAUAUGAUCAUGGAAUGGGAUGCUGGCAAGGACCCAACAGAUCCACCAUGGUAAAGUUAAAAUGCGGGAAGGAGACGGUGGUAACGUCCACGUCAGAGCCCAGUCGCUGCGAGUACUUGAUGGAGUUCACCACACCUGCACUCUGCCAGGAUCCCAAGACCCUGGAUCAUAUGCUGCAUACAGAGCUCUAGAGGCACUCCAUUUGUUGUUCACCUGGGACCACGUUGCUGCGGCAACAGGAAACUGUGAGCCAGGGCGCCUCCAUGUUAAGUCGUCAUUUCUAGUCAGUUACAUUCCAGUUUUAACGUGUGCAUCAAGUGUAAUAUUUCAUCUGACUUGACAUAAAUGUGUUUUCUUGUGUGUGGUCAUUUGAAAAACAUGAUCUAUCCAAUUUGACAAAUUUCGUUUCCUGUUUUCCUUGAAAAGUGAGUAAACUUGUCACACAAUGGCUUUUUAGUUUUGGACUAGUCCAGUGCUUCUCAAUUAUAUCCCCCAAGGAGGCAUACUUUUAACUCCCUUUUUGAGAAGUCCUGGACUAAUCAAUCAUGUGGACACUUCAUUCUGAUUCUGCUCUGUUUACGUGUUGCCGUAAACAUUUCAACCAGCAUCAUUCCUAAAGCGACAGUGCGGCAUAAUUAUUCGUAGUCAACAAAGCGGGGCCACUCAUAUUUGUAACUUUUAUUUUUUUCUGGCAUGUAAAGUACAAAUAAUCAAACAAUUCCAUGAAAAAGUCUUCAAGCGUCUUCAGCUGAAAUCCCAGUAGUAAAUUUCCUAGACUAAA